AUGGUCUCUAUGGUUCCUGCAUAUCUAUUUCUAGUGCUCUUCCUUCAACUAUUCUCAUCUAAAGACGCGCUUGGCAAUUUCAUUCCUAGAGCUGACCCUUGGGACAUUGACGGACCAUGUCAAGUGUACGUCGAGAAGUUUGCUGUUGUACAGUCCAACAUGGUCAGGUGCGCUACGAAUUGGUCGAUUCCGCCAAAAGUAUGCACCAACUGUUGGGAGCAAUUCAUUGCGUUCAAGCAAGUCGAGUAUGAGACUAAACACCUGGACAACGUUACUUCACUCGACAACAGAACCUGUAGCCAGGUGAUAUACGAGGACUACCUACUGUCAUAUAGUUACGACAUAUCGGAAGCGUUGUCAUCUAAUGUAUGGGAAAAAUCGAGAUCCUGUCUCACUAUAGCCUGGAAUUUCACGGCCAAUGAUUCCAGAGUGGAGUUUUCUAACCAGACAUUAGUUUUCCAAGAGAAGCUUUUCCUUUGGCGAGAGUGUGUUGUGAACUAUACUAGACAUAUUACUGACCGAAACAAUAGCAUCUGUGGUUACUGCAAAGAAUAUUUCGACGAUGUCUUUUCCUACUACUGGGAUAUCUACGUUGAGCCUAACGUUGAAUUUUGUGUCGACAUUGAGACUACGAUGAAUGAUACUUUCCACUUGUGGAAUGACGUGUGGGCAUGUGCUGAGAAAAAAGACAGGAAGCGAGAUACUGCGAUGGUUCUUAUCACAAUGGCUGUCCUAUUCGUCAUUACAGCUUUGUUUUAUGCAAGUAAUUAUAUUCAAGGUGGCGGUCAAACCAGAAUAUUUGUUAGAUGUGAGUUCAGUCAAUUACUUUGUGAGCGGAACCAUUCAUUUCUGUUCAAUGUUGCAGAGAUAUUCCUUAUUGCUAAAGAUCAACCACGCAAGAUUUCAAAGUUCAGAUUCUCGGAUGAUACCUGGAGCCCAACGAUCUAG